GCCCGGGGGUAAAAGGUCGGUGCUAGUUGGUGGCUUUCCAGAUGUAUCAUGCCUGGGCAGAAACUGGAUUUCAAACCUCUCAUUUCAAAGAACUUUAAAAGAGACACUGAAUCUGGCCRCUGCAGACCGAGCAGGUCUGGCCAAAUUGGCGAGUGUGCUGACCAGCCAUGCCCACCGUGGACGAUGUCUUAGAGCAGGUUGGGGAAUUUGGCUGGUACCAGAAGCGAGUCUUCCUCACGCUAUGCUUCACCUCGGCGGCCUUAGCCCCCAUCUACCUGGGCAUCGUCUUCUUGGGCUUCAGCCCCCCCCACCACUGCCGGAGCCCCGGGGUGUCUGAGCUGAGCCAGCGAUGCGGCUGGAGCCCAGCGGAGGAGCUAAACUAUACCGUGCCCGGCCUGGGGGCUGCGGACGAGGCCUUCCUCCGCCAGUGCAUGCAGUAUGAGGUGGACUGGAACCAGAGCACCCUCGGCUGCGUGGACCCCCUGGCCAGCCUGGCUGUCAACAGGAGCCACCUGCCACUUGUCCCCUGUCAGCAUGGCUGGGUGUACGACACUCCUGGCUCCUCCAUCGUCACUGAGUUUGACCUGGUGUGUGCUGACGCCUGGAAGGUGGACCUCUUUCAGUCCUGCGUGAACCUGGGCUUCUUCCUCGGGUCCCUGGGCGUCGGCUAUAUCGCAGACAGGUUUGGCCGUAAGCUGUGUCUCCUGGCGACCUCGCUGGUCAUGGCCCUGUCCGGUGUGCUGACGGCCGUGUCCCCAGACUACACGUCCACGCUGCUCUUCCGCCUGCUGCAGGGGACGGUCAGCAAAGGCACCUGGAUGUCUGGCUACACCCUGAUCACAGAGUGUGUCGGCUCAGGCUACAGAAUGACAGUGGCGAUCCUGUACCAGGUGGCCUUCACCGUGGGGCUGUUGGGGCUCUCUUGGCUGGCCUACGCCAUUCCCCACUGGCGCUGGCUCCAGCUGGCCGUGUCCCUGCCCACCUUCUUCUUCCUGCUCUACUACUGGUGUGUGCCGGAGUCACCCCGAUGGCUGCUGUCACAGAAGAGAAACACUCAAGCAAUAAAGAUAAUGAGCCACAUCGCCCGGAAGAAUGGGAAGUCGCCUCCUGCUGACCUACAGAUGCUCUCUGUGGAAGAGGAYGACACCGACAAGCAGAGCCCUUCCAUUAUAGACCUGUUCCGCACACCCAACCUGAGGAAGCACACCUGCAUCCUGAUGUACAUAUGGUUCUCCUGCGCUGUGGUCUACCAGGGCCUGAUCAUGCACAUGGGGGCCACCAGCAAGAACAUCUACCUAGACUUCUUCUUCUCCGCUCUGGUUGAACUCCCUGCGGCUUUCAUCAUCCUGGUCACCAUUGACCGUGCUGGCCGCAUCUACCCAUUAGCCUUGUCCAGUCUGGUGGCCGGGGCAGCCUGCUUGGUCAUGCUGUUUAUCUCACAAGACCAGCACUGGCUGAAUAUCGCGGUGGCUUGCCUGGGCCGAAUGGGGGUCACCAUUGUGCUGCAGAUGAUCUGUCUGGUCAACAUGGAGCUGUACCCCACCUUCGUCAGGAACCUGGGGGUGAUGUUGUGCUCCGCCCUGUGUGACGUGGGUGGGAUCUUCACCCCCUUCAUGGUCUUCAGGCUGAUGGAGAUCUGGCAAGCCCUGCCCCUUGUUCUGUUUGGGGUGUUGGGCCUGUCGGCUGGAGGCAUGACGCUGCUUCUUCCCGAGACCAAGGGCGUUGCUCUGCCUGAGACCAUCCAAGAUGCCGAGAACCUCCAGAGGAAAGCGAAGGCCAAAGAAAACACCAUCUACCUUCAGGUCCAAGCGUCGGGACUCAAGGGCACCUGAGAGGGAGCUGGCUCUGAGAAGAAAAGGCAGAUGUGCCUCAAAGGUCUYGACUUCUCUGUAUUUCCCCUCAGACUUGCUGCCCCCAAAUUAAUAUCAAUCCUAUAGAAUGGUCCGAGUGGGCUCUGCCAUACUUUGUCUUGCCUUUUUAACCCUGUGAAGCCCUGGUUGUCUUUUACCUAUCUAUCCAUUUCUAGUGGGAACUGCUGGUUCGGUGGGUAUCAAGCACUUAAUCACCUAAAGUAUUUGAAGAUCCAAGAGAAUUUAA